AAUAAAGUAAGGAACAGAAUAAAAAAAAAGAAACAAGGUGGGUCUAAAAGCGGUGAAGGUCCAUCCUUUCCCACCCUUCUCAUUUUCCUUCUCCUUUGUCUCCUUUUUAUUUUCUCAAGAAAAGGAAGAGAAACAUAGUUAGAAAUGAGUCUCCAGCUCUCCAUUUUCUCCUUCUUCCUCCUUGUAUUCCUUCUUCAUUUUGCCAGAUCUGAUGGCAAUUCAAUCCCUCGUUCUUUGAGUAUACGCCUGGGAAAUACAAGCAGUGAACUUCUUAAGGGUAUCAACAGCUACAGAACUUCCCUCAACCUUUCAGCAUUAACGGAGAAUCAAAAUGCAGAUUGCUUGGCAGAACAACUUGCCAAACAGUUUAAGGGCCAAGAUUGCAGCAACACCACAGGCUCCAAUACUGUUCCUGGGACUGAGCAACAGUUCCCCAACUAUCCGGACUUUCUGAACCACUGCCAUCUCAAUGCAACUGUCACUCAAGAUGCUGCCAUAAUGCCAGCUUGUGUACCUGGUUUAGCUGCAGAUCUUGUCCUGACCAACUUCACAAAAUCUCAAUACUCUCAGAAUCUGAAUGAUAGUCAUUUUGUUGGAGCUGGGAUCGCCGAUGAAGGUGACUGGGUGGUGGUUGUUUUGAGCACGAACACGCCUGGUGGUAGUUUUGCACCAGCAACAGCAGUUGCUUCAGCUGUCAAGGUUGCUAUUCACCACCAAUUGGUGCUGCUCCUUCUGUGUUUUUCCAUUUUCAUGAUGAGCUGAUUAGUGUUACAUGUGUCACAAAUCUUUAAUGUGCUCUCCAUUUAAAUUUACUCAUCAGCUUUUGAAUCAUCUUGGACAAUAAACUUUAUUUUUAUGUCGAAAAGAUGGUAGUUUAAAAUAUGAACCAACCACAUGGAUUUUAUCUUGUAUUUCUGCAGUUCUGUAUUGAUUACAAAGGUUAUACAAUGCCUGUAGCUGUUUUCAUCGUUACUUGAUUUCCAAGUUCUU